UGUGUGUGAAAACAGUAGAAGUGAAACAAAAAAAGGCAGAGAAUAAAAAGGGCCGAAAGAGCAGAGAGGGAAAGAGAGCGAAGAGUGAAGAACGAAGAUCGAAAACCUAAUCUCUCACUCGCUCCAGUUCCCUCUCGAAAAAGCCUUUUUUUUUUGAGAAUCAAGGUUUUUGUUUCGAACUCAAAAUGCAUAAAUUGAGUAGAGGUCACCGUGACAAAGUUCAGCAGUUCAUGGCAAUCACCGGGACGAGUGAAAAAGUUGCUCUUCAGGCUCUGAAGUCCAGUGAUUGGCAUCUUGAGGGGGCUUUUGAUAUUUUUUACAGCCAGCCGCAGGUUAAAGCAGUUACUGAUUCUAGACACCUUGAGGAGCUUUACAAUAGAUACAAAGACCCAUAUGCUGACAUGAUCUUGGUUGAUGGCAUCACUCUUUUUUGCAAUGACCUGCAGGUGGAUCCUCAAGAUAUUGUUAUGCUGGUUUUGUCCUGGCACAUGAAGGCUGCUACAAUGUGUGAAUUUUCCAAGCAGGAGUUCAUAGGUGGAUUGCAAUCACUGGGGGUAGAUUCACUUGAGAAGCUUCGUGAAAGGAUACAAUAUAUGCGUUCUGAGCUAAAAGAUGAACAAAAGUUCCGUGAGAUAUACAACUUUGCCUUUGGCUGGGCUAAAGAAAAGGGUCAGAAGUCUCUUGCAUUGGAUACAGCUAUUGGGAUGUGGCAGUUGCUAUUUGCUGAAAAGCAGUGGCCAUUGGUUGAUCACUGGUGCCAGUUCUUACAGGUUCGCCACAACAAAGCAAUCCCAAGGGACACAUGGUCUCAACUAUUGGAAUUUGCAAGGACGGUGGGUCCUGCUCUAUCAAACUAUGAUGCAGAAGGUGCUUGGCCUUACCUGAUUGAUGAGUUCGUUGAAUACCUGAUUGAGAACGGAAUCGUCCAACAAAACAGUUGAUGCAGGGGAUCUAAAGACGGGGCUUUUAGGAGUUUAUAGUGUAUACUAGUUUUGGUGAUGCUUGUUUUCUUGUGUCUGCAGUGUGAUGAGAUUGUGAUGCUUCAAGGUUCCCUCUUAGAAUUCCCCCAAGACAUCGGUUUAUAUAUGUUAAGUAAUGGAAAAAAGGGAAGGGAUAAAAUUAGUACCGAAUGACAUUUGCUUCUAUUCUCCUUUUGAGGUAAUUGAUUCACCCCAAUUGUUGAUGCGAUUGCUGAUAUGGAUAGUAUACAUUCUUAAAGCAAUAUUUUAAUAAGAAAUGACGGAAUCUCCUAGGCU